AUGAAAGCAACACAAUACAUUGCAAUUCGUGCUUUAUUUCAUUUACUGAUUGUCCCUUAUCUUCUUGCUAUAUUUGGUCAUCCUACAAAAGGAGAAAGAGGUAUUGAACCACAAUAUGAACCAUUGUUUGAAUAUCUAAUAUUCGGAAUCACAAAUGUUAUCAUCCAACCUUUACUAACAUAUAUUGCAUUUAACAAAGUUAAACCAAAUUCGUAUUCACUGAUUGAGCAAAUAUCAUCUAUUAUCAUUGGCAUUGUUGUAUCAUUGAUUUCAUUUUUCAUAUUUAAACCAAGGAUUCUAAGUCAUAUCCUUCAGACGAUAAUGUGUUCUUUAGGAUUUGGUGUAUACUCAAGCCCACUCAUACUUCUCGCCUACAAACAAACUCUCAGACAUAAAGAAGAAUACCACCUCUUAUUUAUUCCAUCGAUUAUAGUCUUAUUAUCUAUCAUUGUUUCUGCAAUAUGUGGUUCAUUGGACACACCGUAUAACUGGAAAUAUUUCCCCACUCCAGCAUUUUAUGCGUAUGUUGCUAGUAAUUUUAUUGCUGACGCAUAUUGUUUUAUUUAUCAAAACCAUAAUGAAAUGAUAUCUGAAGAGAGUGUUGAUAAAAAAAGAAAAUAA